ACUAGAUGGUUACGCAUUGCAAAUAUAUUUGUCGAUAUCAUUUGUAUCAUUCAUAGUUUCAUCCUAUCAUCACACAGAGAAAUUCGCACUCGUGCUCGUUCAGUAACAUCCAUCUAUACAUCUGUAUUUAGCAAACCAAAAUAUUUGGAUUAAUUGAAUACACAUUUUCACUCUGUAUAUGAAAAGCAUAUUUUCUCACAUUACAAAACAGUUUGCAAAAAUUCCCGUGAAUAUUUCUCUUUACUUGUUUGCGAACAGUGAAUGAAGUUUUCGUUUGCAAAUGAAUCGCAGUGAAUAAAAAAAAUUCUGCUGUAAUUAAGCGUAAUUCUAUAGCUGGAGUGCAUCAAGUGAAACAAAACUGAAUUUCUGAAAGUAGUAAUGACGUAGAAAGACAGACAAAGGAAGAGUGAAAAUAGUAAAACAAACACUGUGUAAACUUUUUCAACCACAUCAAACAAAAAGACAUUCUACGAAUUGCAUGAAUUUCAAUGCCUGAAAUGCAUCCUCUGUUGAAGAAUAAUCGUGUAAUUUUGUUCAGAGAUUCGAACGAGACAUGGUUGUUGUGAAAUGGAAUGUGAUGAUAUGCUAUCCAAAAUAUUCGACUUCGAUUUGGGUAAAAAAAAUGAAGAUUGAUUGAAAUCCAAUUGAGAAAGAACAACACCAAUCUAUUUGCAGCAUAUAUGAAUUCAAGAUUUCCGUUUACGUAUAAACAGUUACAGUGUACAACGUUCGUCUCCGAUGCUCAACCGACAUAAACGUGAGAUUCUGAAAAGUCGUGAACAAAAUAAUAAAAUCACAUUGCACAUGCAUGUUGCACGAAGAUCAUAAGGAAAUUCAAUAAACUCGAAAGGAAUUUGGAUUGAAGAGAGAACGAGCACCACAACAAAAAGCACAAAAAAAAACCCGAACUGCCGGAACUUAAAAUAACGAACGGCAACGGGGCGACAUCGGAGCAAAAGGGAGAGAUAAAUUGAAGACAAAAGAAACCGGAAACCAUUGGAGCGCAGCAAUUUUGAGAGGCGUUGAUCGAAUUGAGAGCAGAGCAAAGACGGGAAAAAAGCAUACACGGCGCACAUAAAAUACAAAUUGCGAGAGUGAAGUGCACCAGAUUUCAUCGUAUUUCAUUGCUGAUCGCAUCUCAUUCAUCAAACAUGAGCGCGACGGUUUUAUCCAUCGUUUUAAUACACCUUCUAACGAAAUGCUAUCAAAUAUCAUCACAAACAUUACAGGAUAUCAAUCAAGGUGUUGAAUUUGAGCCAGAGUUUAUAGGAUCAAUAUCCAAUGUGACAUACCCGGUUGGUAGAGAAGCAGUUCUAACAUGUUCCGUCAAGAAUUUGGGCAAAUACAAAGUGGGUUGGCUGCGAGCAGCAGAUCAAACUGUAUUAGCCCUUCAGGAUCGUGUUGUAACGCAUAAUGCACGAAUUAGUGUUAGUCAUGAAAACUAUAUAACAUGGCGUCUCAGAAUCAAACAACUGCGUGAAACGGAUAAAGCGUGCUAUAUGUGCCAAAUAAAUUCAAGCCCAAUGAAGAAGCAAAUCGGAUGCAUCGACGUUCAAAUACCACCGGACAUAAUAAAUGAAGAUUCAUCGGUUGACAUGGCCGUUCAAGAGGGUGAAGAUGCAGCACUAGUAUGUAGAGCAACUGGAAAUCCACAACCGCGAGUAACAUGGAAAAAGGAAGACGGUGACUACAUUUAUGUUCGUAAACAAGGCAACCGUGAUUUAAUGAAAGUUGAAUCGUAUAAUGGAUCCGUUCUUCGGCUGUCGAGACUUGAGCGCAAACAAAUGGGUUCAUAUUUGUGCAUUGCCUCCAAUGACGUUCCGCCUGCAGUUUCAAAGCGUGUUUCAUUGAGUGUGCAUUUUGCACCAUCAGUUCGCGCACCUAGUCAAUUGUUGGGAGCACCAUUGGGUUCGGAUGUACAAUUGAAUUGUCAGGUCGAGUCAAGUCCUGCACCGGUGAGCUAUUGGCUCAAAGGAGGCAAAUUACAAAACUCAUUGGGGAAUAGUUUGAACAAUGCAGAAAUCGGUCAACCACGACCCGAAAUGUUACUUGAUGGACCGAAAUAUGGAAUAACCGAGCAAAGGACUGGCUAUAAGGGGAUUAUGCGAUUAACGAUUCGCUCGUUUUCGGCAAAUGACGUUGGUACAUAUCAUUGUGUGUCAACCAAUUCAUUGGGACGUGCAGAAGGAACAUUGCGACUUUAUGAAAUUAAAAUACAUCCAGGCACAUCUGAAUCCGACGCAGAUCAAGUUAAUAUCAUUGGUGGAAUGGCCGAACAAGCGCACGGAAAUGCAAACUCAUAUCAAUGGGCUUCAAAUAUGAUGAUGAUCAUAGUUGCUUUAAUAUCAAUCAAUUUGUUUCGAACACACAUUUCCCAGCAAAUUCUAAGAUGAUAAACUCGUUUAAGUUCAUUUACAGUAAAAUGUGAUCUUAAUACGAAAAUGUAAUUAUCGAUGAAAUCAAAUCAGUAAAAUUUCUUAAGUUAUUUCGACGAUAAAAUGCGAUACAAUUAAUUCAGUUUCGAUGCCAAAAAAGACAACGUCAACUAAUGCAAAAUGAUUUUAAGUUCGACAUUCUUUUUUCCUUUUAGGUUUUUACUACCAAGAAGUUUUCAAACUUAUAUUUUACACAUUAAAAAAAUGAAAAAUCGAUUUUCCUCCAUUGACUUUAUGUGGAGUGAGUGAUUUUUUUUACUGAAAAUGGAUUGGACUGACUUUGUACUAUAAACAUUCGAAUGUGUUUUAGUGAUUAGAAUGUGGUAGCAAAAAGAAUAUUUGUUUAUUUUUAACCAAUUUUUUUUCUUUUUACAUAUGAAUGUAUAAAUAUUGCUCAAUUAAUAUUUUUAAAGGAAAAUUUUAAAACAAACCCAAAAUUAUGAUGAAGAAAUACUAAUUAGAGCGAAACAUAUGAAGAAAUUGUAUAAAAUGAAACAUAAAUCUAUGAAAUAAUUGAAGUUUAGGGCUUAAGUCAAAUGAAACAUGUUAUAUUGAAUAUCAAUUACAUAUGUACGUAACGCUGAAUAUCCAAACAACUGAAACACACACACAAAUUGAACUUAAUCAUUCAAAUUAUAGUAAAUUAGAGCGCCACGUGAUUUGCUGUAUCUUUUACAAAACCAAUAAACGUACGUAUAUAUAAUAUUGUACAUCAAAAUAAUCAAGGCUCAUCUAUCACCAGAGACGGUCUUUUGUGGGAAAAUCCAUUUUUCUUUACAAUAGUCAUUUUUUAUGCACACCCUAAAAAGUUUCUCUUCUCUUUGAAGUUAAAAACUGUUUGUAAACCAUGGACUGUUUGUGGAAUAAAAAUAAAUAAAUCGAAUAUGUGACGUUUCAAAAAUUGAUUAAUUUUGAUGAGUCACAUUGUAUGGUAAAGUGAUUUUUCUACCCACAAAAGACCUCUAUUGGAACAACAUUCCUAUUUAACAUACAUAAUAUCUUACGUCGUUUAAUGUAGCUAAAUGAAAACUCUAACAAUCCUCGAUAAAUUUCAAUGCAAAUGGUUAUCAAACACAUUUUUACAUCAAAAAUCACUGUGGGGCACUUUCUCAACAAACGAUCCGUAGCAUUUUAAAAUUGAAUUUAAACAAGAUUUUUCGUUUCCUUUUGAAAUUUUCUGUGAAUAAGCAUUAAGCAUAUCGAUCUGUGGUGAUAAUUCUUAAAAAUCAAUUAACAUUCAUACAAUUUGAAAAUUACUCGUAAUGAAGGAGGUAAACAUUAAGAAUCAAACUCUAUUAAUUUUAGCCAGUUAAAACGAGUUCACUUCAAGCUAAAAGAAGAACUUGAACAAGAAGUUAAAUGGAGUGGUAAAAUGUAUUUGAAUAUAGCGAUCUUUCGAUUACUAUCAGUAUAUCUAACCAGGAACGUGAACAACACCAAAAAGAAAAAAAUAUGAACCAAAAAUACGCAUUCAACUUCUAACAUUUUAUUAAAAAGAAAAACAUAACUUAUAAAUGGCUACUAAUUUACAUAGACACAGAAAAGUUCAUUUCGUGAAUUUUGGGCCUAUCUCAAACGAAAACUAACGACGUAUUUCAAUUAUAUGAAAAUAUCCAGCCAAAAUAAAAUAAGCAAAAAUUUCUCCCGCAAAA